AUGGUCUUCUUUUUGUACUCAGGUAAGUCGUAUUUCAUAUUGCAAAAUUUCUCUUUCUUGGAGAGGUGUAGGGACCAAACAGUCCAUAGACUAUUCAUGCCUUCAAAUGAGUGUAGGAAGGCUCCACCUGUGGUGGCCAAAUCCAGUUAAAAUCUCCUUGCAAACCAUGGUGUUCGCUGUCUGAAAGCUAAAGGAAGGAGGGGACAUUGUGGUCAAUCAUAGGGACACUAAGGACAGGGGCACACAUCUCCCCAACACACACACACCUUUCUCUCCUUUCUCUCAUUCUUUUGAACACUGAAACAUGUCUGUUCUCAAAGUUCCUCCUAUGUGAAAUUAUACAUGGGGGGAAGAGCAAGAAUGAAUGUCUUGCUAUGUGAGAUUUACUCUAUCAAAUAAAGGUACUCUACAUCAGGGAUCUACAUUACACAAGGUACCCACCACUUUUCACACAAUGGGAGCCUUUUUGAAAGCUGAGGCUCGUAACACUAAUGUCCCCUGAAGCUACCAUGCUCCCUCCUUUCUUCAUGGUCUCCACGUGGCUCUUGUGACAUAAAAAGUGGACCUAGCCAUGAUUCUAAACACGCAAAGCACCACAGCCAGGCAUUCAAGGGAAAUCGACAGAACUGGGUCCCAGUUAGUUAUGGACUAAACCAGUAUAUAUAGUUAUUUGUAUUUAGUGUAGUUAACGGACUGAACCAUUUCCCAUUGAUUUGAUUGUCUUCCUAUCCAUGCUCAGUGGCAUUUAAAGGAAACUGCAUAUUGCCAAGGCACUUUUAGGAUAACAUAGGAUGUACAAGAUACAAUGCAUCCCACUUUUCGGUUACUAGAAAUAAAUGUUAUCAAAUGGACUAUUAUUCAACAUACGGAUUUGCUAAAUCAUUUUCACAUUUUCUGUGUUUUGCAUCUAGAUGUUGUUGUUAAAGCAUCAUUUGAAGAGGUAAGUGGGAAAUCAUUUAUUCUUAUGAUAGAACAUGGAAGUAGCAUGGAGUUAAGAUAAGUGAAUUUAUAUUUCUUGUGGAAUUUUAAAAUAUUCUCUGUGUGUUUAUGUGUGUGUGUGUGUGUGUGUGUGCACGCGUGCGUGUGUGUGUGCCAAUUUUUAAAACAGAAUUUAUAAUACAGACAACAAAAACACAUCGACACAAAUAUAACAUACAAGAGCUGGGUUAUUCCUCAGGAUUUCACAUCUCUAGUCCCAUUCCUUUUUUUAAAAAAGGCGGUGGAAUUAUUAUUAGUUCCAGUUGCUACCCACAAUUUGUAAGAAAGUCUCAGCUUGUGUUCUGUUGUAGCCUACUGGGGUUAUUCUGUUAUUACUAGACAGACCGCCCAACCUUGCAGACAUAUUAUUUAGCCACUGUCAUGAAUUCAGGCACUCACUGUGUGUUUUUUAAAAGUAUUUAUUUGCAAAAACAACAGUUAAAUGUGUCUAGCAUGAAACCCCUGGAGCUGCCCACUCGCAAUCUGGCAGGAUUAAUCUUCUCUGAAGGGACUACCAUGUCUGCAAAUUUUGUUUGGCAGUGUGAAAAACUUUGUACCUCUUCUAACCCUGCAAUAUUUUAAACUUUAAGGUGUCUUGCAUGAAAUCCCUAGCACCGACCAUCUACAAUCUGACAGGUUUCAACCCCCGUGAGUCGGAACUUAGGAUGAAUAGAGAACAACAUUAUCACACAAUUCCCUGCUUGCCAGGACAAUAAAUCAGCAUUUCCUGUGCUUGAAUGCACACCUUAAUACAACACUUGUUGAAUUGUCAUUUGCAUUCCUCAUCUUUGCCUCAUUAUUAAUCAUGUCAUAAUCAGAAAGGCCUUGCAGUCCAAAGGUUAAGUGGGGAGGACCAUUAAAAGUGUUGUGUCCUUCGUCUUCAGGAAUAUUGCAAAGGGCAUCCAAACCCAGCAUGCAUCUUUGAGAAACGUCCCCACUGCGGUUCCAAUGGCGAGACCUAUGGCAACCAGUGUGACUUCUGCAAUGCAUAUUUGUGAGUAUAUCAUGGAAUCAUAGAGUUGGAAGGGACCCUGAGAGUCAUGUAGUCCAGCCUCCUGGAGUGCAGGAAUCUUUUUUUUCCUCUCAGACAUCUUUGUUGGAAGUUAAAAAGUAAAUGAUUAUAUUUGCACUCAGCAUGGUGAGAUGUAAAUAAACGAAAUAAAAAGAAAUUGAGAAUCAGCACCCAUGUAGAAGGGAAAGUCAAGCGGGGGACACCCCCCCCCCCGGGCAGUGCUGGAAUCAUUUUGCACAAUGUGUGGUUCUAGCCCAUGGCCCUGAGUUUUGUGUUGCUUAUGAGGCCCAAAGGAACAUGGUGAGCGGAGCUAAUCUGUAGGUAGCCCUGAUUUGAAGAUGGAGUGGCUUGGGAGGGCUAUUCACAUGCACCACCCUCUUGUUGCUGCUGCUAAGAGCGAUCCAGGGGGAUGGGGAGGGGAAAUAUCCCCAAAUGGGCUCUAUCUGUAAGAAUAUUCCAUUCCACCUUAAGAGGAACAGGCAUGACUGUUGUGUGUCACAUGCCUGUUUACACUCCAGCACAACUUGCUGGGAACUUCCGUUUGUGUGUAGCUAUUGCUUAAGCUGCUUGCUUUUGGACAUGAAGGGGAGAAGACAUGUUUUUCCUUUUGUCCUGAUGUAUGCUGAAUAAACUGCUUGUAAAUAUGCUUUACACAGCCUCUCCCUGCCACUUCUGUUGUGUGUUUACUCUGCUGAGUUGUGUGUCCAGCUUCUGAACUUCUGAAGCUCUGGGUCGCAGAGUCAUGCUGCACAAAGGACUGGAGUUCGACCGGCAUGUUGGCCCGUGGGUUGGGGACAGCUGGGGGCUUACCAAUUGCCCUCAAUUCCUUAGGAGCAUCCCAACACUAUCCCAUCCCACAACACCAGACACAACACAAAAGGUAGUAGGGUUGGCCCAGAAGAAAAAUAACAAAAAUCCUCAUCAGGGAAUCAGGGGGCAAUAAGAACAUUAUUCUGAAGGUAACAAAGGCCUACACUAGGUGUUUCCUUAAUGUGGAUCUUGAAAUUGCACUAGGUAAAAGUCUGAACAUUUGCUGCUAGAGAAGUUUGACACAGAUGUACAGUGAAGGCUGGAGAAGGGGAAUCUUCCCCCAAAGUGGUAGACCUGAAAAGUGCUUUGGUCCCGCUUGCUCAAUAUUGGCUAGGCUGACGGGAAGUAAUUUUCCAGGGUCUCUGACCAGAUUCUUCCUCAGCCCUUUCCCGUUCCCAAGACACAUAGCAAUUAUGGCAUAAGCUUUCCCACCUAUAUAGUAUUUCUCUUUAAGGAGUUAUAAUGAAAGUUGCAUCUUACAAAUUCUCAUAUUUAUUUACUUCUUUUUCUCUCAUCAGCAAAAGUGGAGGAAAGCUGAAACUGAAAUACUUCGGAAAAUGCAUAGCAGCUUAA